UUAAUCAAAAUAUUGCAGUGAAGCCGGUCAUGAUCCUAGUGAAGAAAAAAUUCUGAGAGACCACAAUUACUGGCCUGUAGAGGUGCUGAAGGCUCUAGCGUUGAAACAAAAACCGGAACGCUUCAAUGAACAAUUGCCUUCCCCAAACUUUCCACAAACGGAAAAAGACAAUCAGAGAGUCCUUGCCAAAGUUAUUCCAGGCCAAAAUAGAUGGAGAUUUAUGAUUGGGACACCCUGGGAGAUAUAUAGAAGUGAACCUGAGAAGUUUCUGAGAUGCAUUUUAGACGAGUGGAACCCAAAGGACUACUUCCAAUUCAGCACGGAUGCUGUUCUAUUUGUGAUGGAUGAAACUGAGGAGAAAAUACAUAAUUUUCUUGACGAGGAGACAAUCCUCGACUAUUUCAAGCUGACUAAGACAGAAGUGUGGGUCUGUGUCAAUGAAAAUCAGGAGACAUUUCUGAGAGUGGUGACAGAACUGGUGGGGAUUGUUCCAAUGCAGCUGAUAGAGCAUUAUGAUUCGGUCCAAGUUGAAUCUGUUGAGAUAACUGGUGAAUAUGGAGAGAAGAGCAACACUGCAAAAAUAACAGAAACAAAAAUUAUUGAUGCAAACACACUGCAGACGGUGAGAUACGAUGGAGUGGUCAAACUGUGGCAGAAGAAACCGCCUCAACCGCAACCCUCAUUCAAGAAAUGGGCGAAGAGACAGAUAAGAAAAAUUGUACCUGGAAAAAACUCUGGGAAGUGAGGAUGAAGAUAUCAAGUUUUGGAACCGGUUCAGGAUUCGGAUUUCUAUGAUUAUCGAACGGACCAGCAUCUUCAAGAUUCUAGUAGAAUAGUAAUAAUUUAGUUUUAAUUUAAAAUAGUUAAUGAAUGGUGUGUGAUUACAUGUAUUUCCAUGCAAAUAUUUCAAAAAUUUCGUUGGAUGAUAAAAUUUAUUGAAGAAGGAUGAUAAUAUUGAUAAUUGACAGACACAAUGGAAAUACUCUUUGCUACUUCGUCAAAACUCCAUUAAAGUCAUAGAGAAGCAAAUAAUAUGCUCAGUUUGAUUUGCCAAUUACUAGAAAUUCUGUGGGCCUCACGCAGUUAUAAACCACAGAUUUCUCUAAUACGGUGUAUACCGUCACAAUAAAUUCGGUUCUGUCGUGUCGGCGAGAUAUCGGUAUGAGAACAGCCAAUUGCUAAUUGGGUUGGCGUAUCGAUAUACUAAUAUGAAAUCUUUGAUAACUGUCGUAGUCAGCCCCAGUUGAAAGCAGAGAAAGUUCGAGAGAAAAUACGUCUAUGCUUCUUUCAAUACAGUACUCCAUGUAUGUUCCGCAUAUUGACGGCCAAACGCGGCUGAUUUUGGAAUUUGACAGGAAUGCUCCUUUAUGAAUUGCGCGUCAAUAUUAUAUUAUUCUAAAUAAUUCAUUCUAAAGAUAAUAUAAAAGGAAAAAGGAUUUCCUUAAUACUCCAGCAGAAAAUCAGACUAGAGAAUUAUUCAUAAUAAUUGAUCAGCUAUCGAUUGGAUUUUUAAUGAUUAAUAAUCCAAUCGACAGCUGAUUAAUUAUGAAUAAUUCUCUAGCCUGAUUUUUCCACUGGAGUAUUGGGUAAGAAAAUCCCUUUUCAUUUUAUAUUAUCUCCAGGAUGAAAUAUUUGAAAAAACUUUAGAUAAUAUAAUAUUGACGCGCAAUUCAUAGAGGAGCAUUCCUGUCAAAUUCCAAAAUCAGCCGCGUUUGGCCGUCAAUAUGCGGAACAUACAUGAAGUAUUGAAAGAAGCAUAGACGUAUUUUCUCUCGAACUUUCUCUGCUUUCAACUGGGGCUGACUACGACAGUUAUCAAAGAUUUCAUAUUAGUAUAUCGAUACGCCAACCCAAUUAGCAAUUGGCUGUUCUCAUACCGAUAUCUCGCCAAAUUCCAAAAUGGGCCGCGUUCGACCGUCAAUAUGUGGAACAUACAUAAAUGAAUAGAAAUACAAAACCGUCGACUUGAAUCUCACUUUGCUCGGUCGAUCAUUUCUACAAAAUAUGCGAGAGAUACACAUAAAUAUUCUACAUGUAAUUUGUAAAAUUUUAUUCACCAUUUAUAAACUACUAUUCAAUAUCUAGUUUUAUAAUCAAUUAAUUCACAUUAGUUGAACUUCGCACGUUAUUUUGAGUUAUAUUGCACGUUACUACACAUUACAGCCCACAUAAUAGAAUGUGGAACCUAUUAGGCCUGUUAUCUCACAUUAGCCUAUGUUAUAUAGCCUAAUAUCAAUUUAUUCGCACACUAUGUUUUAUUCACUAUUAUGUUGUUUUGUGUUGAAUAAAACUUUUUUCUGCACUGCA